UUUUGCACCUUUUAACUUCUUCUCUCCUUUUUGUUCGCUUGUACUGCUUUUGUUCUGCUAUUUCAAGUACGUGCUUUGUUGCUUGUCUUUGAUCUGAUCGCUUUGGCACGGGCUUUUCACAAAUAAUCUAUUGAAGAAAAAUUUAACCAUCGACGACUUUGGUCCCCAGAUCGAACAACUUCUCAACAAGCAAAGCAAAAAAAAGAAAAAAUGUCUCCUGCCAUUGCUCCGGCUGGUGCUGCCUCCAAGGAUGUUAAGAAGGAGUCCGCGACUGCUCGACUUCUGGGUUCAGGAACCGCUGGAAUUGCGGAGCUCCUAGUUUUCCAUCCGGUUGAUACAACUGCAAAGCGAUUGAUGAGCAAUCAGACCCGGAUUACGUCAAUUGAAGGUAUGAAACAGGUCGUUUUCAAAGAGUAUGCCAACGCUUCCCUGGGGCGCAAGUUUACUUCGAUGUUCCCUGGUCUUGGUUACGCUGCUGGCUACAAGGUUCUGCAACGAAUCUACAAAUACGGUGGUCAGCCAUUCGCAAGGGAUUACCUGGCAAAACAUCAUGGUGCCGACUUCGAUAAUGCUUUUGGAAAAGGAACAGGCAAGGCUAUCAUGCAUGCUACCGCCGGAAGUUUAAUCGGUAUCGGUGAAAUUGUCCUUCUUCCUUUGGAUGUCCUGAAGAUUAAACGUCAGACGAAUCCCGAGGCCUUCCGUGGUCGCGGCCUUUUCAAGAUCAUCUCCGAUGAAGGCAUGGGACUCUACCGCGGUGCCGGCUGGACUGCUGCUCGCAAUGCACCUGGAUCUUUCGCGCUGUUUGGUGGUUCCGCCUUCGCCAAGGAAUACAUCUAUAACUUGCAGGACUAUAAUUCGGCUUCCUGGGCGCAGAACUUUGUGGCAUCCGUCUGUGGUGCCAGUGCCUCUCUAAUUGUGUCGGCUCCCCUGGAUGUGAUCAAGACUCGUAUCCAGAACCGCAAUUUCGAGAACCCUGAGUCUGGCUUCCGCAUUGUGUCGAACAUGGCGAAAAACGAGGGCCUCACCAGUUUCUUCAAGGGUCUCACACCUAAGCUGCUCAUGACCGGGCCCAAGCUUGUUUUCAGCUUCUGGCUGGCUCAGACGUUGAUUCCCGCGUUUGGCCAGGUCUUAUAAACGAGAGGAGCACGGAAUGAUAUUAAUAGCAGGCUUUAGACUUUUGGCUUUUUCUUUUUUCCUUUUUUCUUCUUUUUCUUACCUUCGUGCGGCUGUCGGUAGUAACAUGAUAGAACAUACUGUCAGGCCCUUUGUAUUUUGAUAGAUACUUUUAUUUGGUAUGAUCGAAUCAUGGGUAAGACCUUGAUCAAAAGAGUGAACUUCUCUUAAUUUUACAUAGCCAUAUCUGAUAGCUAAA